AUGAAAGAAGAUGGGCCUCUCCCAGAUAAUGGUACAUAUAAUGCGCUGAUUAAAGCAUGUCUCAGAGAUGGUGAUAAAACCGCAUCAGCAGAACUCAUUGAAGAAAUGAAGAGUUGCGGGUUCUGUGGAGAUGCUUCAACAAUAAGCAUGGUCUUUGAUAUGCUGCAUGAUGGGAGAUUAAACAAAAGCUUUCUCGAUAUGCUUUCUUAA